CGGACGGUCAGAAUCGUCCAGAUUCUACCGAUCACCAUAUUUCACUCCUGGCUAUGAAAUCGUCCGGCCUCCCUGUUCGACAGGAUAAUCAUCUCCCCUCACUGAAAUUUCUGAAUGCUAGUUAUCUACUGCCAUCCUCAGAUCUGUCUCCUUCCUACCAAGUCUCGCUCUAUUUCUCUGGCUCGUUUUCUAUCUCUCCUUGAUGGAGGUUCCCGCCAUGGCUUUCUCUUCCCAAGUCCAAACCCUAGCUCUUGAGCAAACUUCUCAAAAUCAUGAUCCGUAUGAUUCCAGUCCACGGCCUCACCCUCAGCAAGCCGUCGAAUCGCAAACCCCUGAAUCUAAUGUUUUACCGUGCCCCCCACAGCCAGACACCCUAGAUCCUUACCCACCUCCGCCGCCCCCUCCAACCCCUCCCCCACCCGCUUCCGAAACCCUACCUGUUUCCGGAGACCCUAGUAUCAUGCACGACCUUCAGAGGCCUGACGGGUCUGAGAAGUUUUUUUUCACAGAUACCAACCUUCUUAAAGCCCACAGCGGAACCGACAAGGACUGUUCCGGCGGCGAAGAGGAGGCGAAUAGCCGGCGAAGACGGCGAAGCCGAUGGGACCCGGAUUUUUCCGCAAAAAGGGGCUCCGGCGCUGGUCGCAAGAGGAAGUCCCGAUGGGCUGAGGAUGACCCUCUUCCUGUAAUCCAACUCCCCGAUUUUAUGAAGGACUUCACUGCUGACCUUGACCCUGAGGUACAAACGCUCAAUAUUCUACUUCUUGAUAUCAAUCGCAAGCUCCAGUCUGUGUUGCCUCUCGAUGACACGCCUGAAUGUGCUCGGUCUCCCUCCCCGGAGCCAAUCUAUGAUAACAUGGGCAUCAGGAUUAAUACAAGGGAGUAUCGAGCAAGAGAAAAACUGAUGAAAGAGAGGCAGGAGAUUAUCUCAAAGCUGAUUCAGAAGAACCCAGCAUUCCGGCCACCUGCAGACUAUCGACCUCCUAAGUUACAUAAGAAGCUGUAUAUCCCUAUGAAGGAAUAUCCAGGUUAUAAUUUCAUUGGACUCAUAAUUGGACCAAGAGGAAACACUCAGAAGAGAAUGGAGAAGGAAACAGGCGCAAAAAUUGUUAUCCGAGGAAAAGGAUCGGUGAAGGAAGGCAGGCUACAGCAGAAGAGAGACAUAAAGCCUGAUCCUUCAGAGAAUGAGGAUCUUCAUGUUUUUGUUGAAGCUGAGACUCAGGAGGCACUUGAUAAGGCAGUGGGCAUGGUGGAGAAACUUUUACAUCCCGUGGAUGAAGGUCUUAAUGAGCACAAGAGGCAACAACUUAGAGAACUUGCAGCCCUCAAUGGGACAAUUAAAGAGGAAGAGUUUUGUAGGCUGUGUGGUGAGCAAGGCCACAGACAGUAUGCUUGUCCUGCCCGCACAUCCACUUUUAAAAGUGAUGUUCUUUGCAGCAUUUGUGGGGAUGGAGGCCACCCUACCAUUGAUUGCCCAAUGAAAGGAUCAGGAAAAAAGAUGGAUGAUGAGUACCAAAACUUCUUAGCAGAACUGGGUGGGUCUACACCUCAAUCCUUAACUAAGCAGAGCUCAGUGUUGUCUAUUCAAGGUUCAAAUUCUGGAAAUCCUCCAUGGGCUUUUGGUAGCACUGGAGUGAAGAAGGACUAUGAUGAGACUAACUUGUAUAUUGGUUACCUGCCACCUAACCUGGAUGAUGAUGGCUUGAUUAGAUUAUUUGCUUCUUUUGGUGAUAUUGUAAUGGCAAAGGUUAUUAAGGACAGGAUUACUGGCCUUAGCAAAGGCUAUGGUUUUGUGAAGUAUGCAGAUUUGUCGAUGGCCAAUCAGGCAAUAGCUAGCAUGCAUGGAUAUCAUUUGGAUGGGAGGACUAUAGCUGUGAGAGUAGCUGGGAAGCCUCCUCAGCCUGCCGUGCCACCAGGUCCUCCAGCUCCACCACCUGCAUCCAUUUACCCUGCUCCUGAUGGAAAAAGUGGUGGCUAUCCAUCACAGCAGCCUUAUGUAUCUGGAGCCUUGGAGAAUGCUCAGCCCCCUCCCCCAGGAAGUUAUGUUAGUACUUCAGCUCCUUGGGGACACCCACCACCCUACCCUUAUCCUCCUUAUGCACCUCCACCACCGCCACCCCCUGGUUCUAGCAUAUAUACUCAAGCUCCAGGACAAAUUAUACCUCCUUAUGGCGGGCAGUAUGCCCCUCUGCCUCAGACUCCCGCACCUCCCGCACCUCCUGCACCUCCCGGUUCUAGUGAUGCAACAUUGAACUCUCUUCCUGGAGUUCCAACUCAGAACUCUGCAGCUACCUCACCAGUGUCUGCCCCAGUAUACAGUGCUCCAUAUAGUACACCAUAUGCCACACCUUCCUAUGGCUAUUCAACUUAUUAUGGUGCUGUGCAAUCUGCACCUCCUAUCAAUUUUGACCAUACUCAGAGUGUUGGAAACGUACCAUGGGCCUCAAAUCCAAGUGCAUCUCAAUCUGAUCCAAUUAUGGCCUCAAAUCAGUCAACUUCUCAAACUGCGAGUUUUCCUUGGGCCACAAAUCCAGCCUCUUCUCAACCUGCAUCUGCGGAACAAUACACAACUAAUGCCAUGGAUAAUGAGUAUGAAAGUUUCAUGUCUGGGAUGAAGUGAUGCCAAUUGUUUUACUGCUGUUGUCCUCAUGCAAGGGCUUGUGGUGUCUUGGGGCUAACGUGAACCUGACUUGUUUCCUCUUGCUAUGACUUCAGCUAUUUGCUACUUUGGGAUUCACAUGUUUAACCUUAACGUGAUUGCAGAGAUUGGGUGGCUGAUGAGUUGAUUAUUUCUCAUGAUAUUUAUGUAACUGAUUUUAUACUACUUAACCAUGCUCGUUUAUUGUAGGAUGUGAAUGACUAGCCUUGUGGAGUCAUCAAUCUAUGAUCAGAUGCUGUUCUCUUCUAUUCUGGUUUCUUGUCAUUUUUUAUCAAGUGACAGUUUUGUGUUAUUUUGUCUUUAUCUAGAGCAAGCUGCGUGAUUUAACUUUUUCAUGGUCCUUUAA